ACAAGAGAAUGUGGGAAAAGCAGAGGAGGUAGAGAAAGCGGUGAAAAUAGACGAGGAAAGGAAUGAAUACAAGGGCAUUUAUCCAUCUUUGCACGAUGUGACACACCCGAGUGCCCCCACACUCGGAGUGACCAAUGUUGAACCGCCGCCGUACGGCGACCCCGGAGUAAUGGCUCCGGUGGUGACGUUGGGUGGCCGGAUGGUAAUGGAUAUCGAGGGCGAAGGCGACAGGGCGGAUCAGAGUAUUGUGCAGCUGAUUGAACAAGCAGUAAAUAAAGAGAGGCGACGGGCCCGGGAGGGGGAUACAUCCCGCGUGGUCACAUCAACCCCCGGCCCGAGCCCUCAACCGUCCAACGUGACAAAAGGAGAAAGCUGGCAUAGACUUAGUGCCGAGAACGUGGAGCUAAAGAAGAAAGUUGAUCAAGCCGAUGAGCAGCGUAGACAGGAAGCGCAGAUGUUAAAAUGGGCAACGGAGAAAGAGGGAGAAAGAGAGAUACGGAAAGAAUAUAAUUUGCGGAGUGGUCAGGGACAGAUGACGCAGGCCGAGGUGCAGAAAAAUGAAUUGAUGUGUCCGCUGGUGACCACAUCGGGCGGCCAGCACUACGAGCCCAUGGUGCUCCGCGAUGUGACCGCGAUGAUGGAAAAGAUGCCCCCACUUAACAGAGGAGGUAAGGUGUGGCUGAAAAAAUUUUUGGCUGUGAUGAGUGGGCAGAGCUGUACCCUCGGUGACAUGCGCCAGAUGUUGGCAGGAGCAUAUGUUAGAAUAAUUAGUUUUGCAGAAGCGCUGGUCGGCCUGAACCGGAGGUCUCAUAUCUUUGCUCAAGGCAACAUAUCUGUCUAG